AAGGCCCAAGACACAGGCCCACAUGAGCACUCGCUCUCCUGAUAACUAAAGCAAAUAAAAAAAUGGCAACUCUCCCGUCCGCUGAACUCGUAGUUGGUUGAGUUGAUUCGUCCAAGGAUACAAAUUUUGUUGUUUGAAAAAUGGAAUUUCCAAAAUCCCAAGUACACACGAACCCUCUAUUAUCCUUCUCAACCUUCAUCCACCAAAACUGCCUCCGCCUCUGCUCUGAACUAUCAAGCCGCUUCGACGACACCAAGCGCCUAGCCGCAACCUUAACCGCCAGGCUUCACCGUCAAUCUCUGCCGCCGUUUGCAUCUCUCUCACAGCCCAAGCAGGCCGUCGCUGCAACACUCAGCUCUGAUUUUGUCGCGAAAACCCUUGCCGGCACGGCAGUGUAUACUGUUAGCAAUUCUAACAAUGAGUUUGUGCUUAUUUCGGAUCCAAAUGGAGCCAAGUCCAUUGGCUUGCUUUGCUUUCGACAGGAAGAUGCCGAGGCAUUUCUUGCUCAGGUACGCUUGCGAAAGAGAGAGCUUCGAAGUGCGGCUAAGGUUGUUCCCAUUACUCUUGACCAGGUUUACAUGUUGAAGGUUGAAGGAAUUGCAUUCCGUUUUUUGCCUGAUCCAGUUCAGAUAAAGAAUGCAUUAGAGAUGAAAGCGAUUGAUAUUAGAACUGGCUUUGAUGGAGUUCCUGUUUUUCAGUCUGACCUUCUGGUUGUGAGGAAGAAAAACAAGCGUUAUUGCCCAGUAUUUUUCCAAAAGGAAGAUAUAGAAAAAGAACUCUCAAAGGUUUCCAGGGCGUCAAGAGGGUCUGGUGUUUCUCAACAUAUAAUGGUUGGAAGUUUGGAAGAUGUUCUAAAGAAAAUGGAGAUGAGUGAGAAGAACUCUGGCUGGGAAGAUCUGAUUUUCAUUCCACCUGGUAAAAACCAUUCACAACACAUCCAAGAGGUGGCAAAAGUAUGAGCUUUUGGAUUUUUUUAAGUUCAACUGACAAUAUGAAAGGACAGAAAGGAGAGAACAAAGCAAUAUAUCCAUUCCAGGCUGAUAGCAUCUCAGGCUUUGACAUAUUGAUGUCGCCCAAGACAAUGAUUGGAGAGUAUUUGCAGCGUUUUACUUUAGUUGGAACGUGUGUGGCAUUUGAUUUGUGAAGACCACUUGCUAAACUAUCAACCCCUACUGGAUAGUUUUGCUAAAUAAGUGAUAACUUUUUAGUAAGCUCAGCAGUUUUCAUUGUGAACGUACACAAUUGUUUUGCUUCUUCGUUAUAAUUGAUGCUCGAUUAAUUAAGUUAUUGCUUUUGUUGCCA